AUGAGCGUUUCAACGAAGCGCAAAUAUGUUAUUCACGAGCUACAAGAGGAUAUGGUGCUGCCCGAGCCCCCUCUGUUUAUCGUCAAGAUCGUAGGCAGCCGCGGCAACAACCUUCACGAAGUGAGCACAGCUUCUAGUGAAAAAUUCCUGGCCAGUAUGCCGACCAAAUUCCGCAAGAAUGUGUGGAUAAAGCGUGGCGACUACGUGAUUUGCCAGCCGAUCGCUGAGGGGGACAAGGUGAAAGCGGAAAUUGUGCAUAUACUUUACCGAGACAAUAUCAGGUACAUCCAGCAGCACAGUCUCUGGCCGGAAUCGUUCGAGACUCCCUGGACCGCAUCGCGCAGGGAUACUGUUGAUAUGUUGCCCGCUACAUUUUCGGAAGACUCGGACUCGCAGUCAGACGAAGAACUCAACGAGGCGAGUGAGAAGGGCGAGUCCGCCGCCGAUGCAGUUAGUACCUCAGAUCGACCUUUCGUUUGCCAAAAUAAUAGAUGA